GGAGGCCACAUGUUGGAAACACACGUGCGUCCGGACUGACUGAUUGAGUUUGGAGCCGCCUUGUCUCUGUGUACCAGCAGCGGCCCGGAGACGCAACAACUCGGGAAUGCUGUGGUUUUACUCCACUGCUCCUGGACUUUUAUUCCAGCUGAGAGAAAACUUGCUGGAAAGGUGAAUUUCAUCCGUGCGCGUGUCCUGCGCCCCCUCCCUCGACGCACUUGCGCGCUAAGCGGAUGCUCUUAGAUGCGCACAGCCAGUGCGCGUCGAGCCGUCCGUUUGUGCGUCAGUGAGCCUGCGCGGCUCGAUGAGCGACAGCAGGAGGAGGAAGACACUCAGACAGUCAUCGUGGCUCAGAGUUGGCCCGGAUGGCACCGACGUCCCGCUGAGGGCCAGCGGCAGAACGCACAAGUGGCGAGUUGGGGGGUGGGUGGGGGGGCUGUGCGUAAAACUCAAAGAGGUCAGGAUGGACGGAAAAGGCACGCUGAAGAUGUUCACCAGGAAGAAGCGGGAGCUGAUCAAAACACCAUCCAUCUCAAAGAAGAGCAGCGCAGGAAGCCCCGGGCCGCAGAGCGGCGCCCCGUCACUGUCCAUUCUCCAGGAGCAGCCUCGGAAAGAUGUGGGUGAUGCCAGCCUCUCUUCCUCACCCUCUUACUCCUCUUCUUCAACUCUUACUCCAAGCUCGGUCAGCCUGCAGGACUACUCCGCGUCAUGCCCAGGCACUCCCAGCACCCAGCACAGCAAGCUGGUGGCAAUGCAAGGAGUGGGCUGUGGGUCUCCCGUGACUACCCUGAAGAGACCGACCACCCUGAGCCGCCACGCAAGUGCAGCAGGGUUCCCGCUUCCAUCAUGGGUCCACACCAAAGGUCAGGGUAGAGGGGCCUUGAUCCCAUCUCCUCAGGCUGAGAGUGCAGAGAGCACAGUCAUCGAGGUGGAGGACAUCCCAGCCCUGCUGAGGGACGUGGCUCGCUUUGCCGAGGCCGUGGAGAAGCUGAAGGAUGUCGUGUUGGAUGAGGGUAAGGAGAACCAGAGACCCGUAGCCCACGAGUGUUUGGGAGAGGUGCUGCGGGUUCUGCGACAGGUCAUCAGCACGUAUCCUCUGCUAAAUACCGUGGAGAUCCUCACUGCUGCUGGAAAACUCAUAUCCAAGGUCAAAGGUUUCCACUAUGAGGCGCCUAACGAGACGGACAAGAAGGACUUUGAGAAGGCAAUUGAAACCAUUGCAGUCGCUUUUAGCAGCAACGUGUCCGAGCUGCUGAUGGGAGAAGUGGACAGCAGCACGCUGCUAUCCCUGCUUCCCACGGAGAAGAGCAGAUCAAUGGAGAACUUGUACGCUGCAGCGGGACAGGGAGCCGAGGGGGGGCACUCCAGGAGCGACCUGCAGGACAUGGGCCGCGGGGAGGAAGUGGACGUGAUUCUGCAGCGCAGCGAGGGAGGAGUGGACUCGGCUCUCCUCUUCGCCAAAACUAUUUCCAAAUACAUGAAGGACCUGAUUAGUUACGUGGAAAAGAGAAUUUAUCUGGAGACAGAGUUCUCCAAAGGCCUCCAGAAAUUAUACCAGUCCUGCAAACACAACAUAACACACCCACACAUGCCCUUCUUCUCCAUCUACUCUCUGGCUCUGGAGCAGGACCUGGAGCAGAGCGUCGGGCUGCAGCAGGCGAACACCACCCUGCACAACCAGACCUUCAUCCAACCGCUGACGCAGCGCAAACAGGAGCACGAGAAAAGGCGGAAGGAUAUCAAGGAGCAGUGGAUCCGGGCUAAAAGGAAACUGAUGGAGUGCGAGGCCAACCUACGGAAAGCCAAGCAGACGUAUGUCGCCCGCUGUGAGGAGUACGAGAAGGCCAAAACGGCAGCCUCCCGAGCUGAAGAAGAGGGAGGAGGAUCUACAGCAAAGUCUCUGGAGAAGAAGAAACGAUUGGAGGAAGAAGCUCGCAACAAGGCAGAUGAAGCAGAGGCCACCUACCGUACCUGCAUAGCUGAUGCCACCACUCAGCAGCUGGAGCUGGAGCACACAAAGGUCACGGUGCUCAGACAGCUGCAGGACAUCAUCAAACAGAGCGACCAGACGCUUCGCUCGGCGACCAUCUCCUACUACCAGCUCAUGCACAUGCAGACGGUGGCCUUGCCGGUCCACUACCAGACCCUGUGUGAGAGCAGCAAACUGUACGACCCCGGUCAGCAGUACGCCGCCCACGUGCGAGACCUGCAGCUCCCCGAGCAGCCCAGCGUCCACUACACAUUCGAGGCGUACUCUCCCUCCAAUUCAUCAUCACACCACGGCCACAGACCAAGAAACGACAGCUUCAACACCGACACACACACCGGUCCUUCAGAAUGUCCUGCCGUCAGCACGGAUGCUGCAGCUGCAGAAGCUCAGCGGAAACGGCAAGGCCACAAGUCGUGGGGUUCAACGGUGAGCAACGACAGCGUCGGAGGAGACGCAGGCCUACAUUCUCCCACUGCCAGCACGAAUGAUCUCCAUAAAAUCGCUCGAACAUCUUCAACUGGAACAAUGUCAUCAGAUGAGGAAGCGGAUGAGAAAGACGGACACGUGUCCUCCUUUGAAGCCCCGAACAUAAACGGCAUGGAUCCAGACGUGGUGGUGUCCACCAGGCCUUUCCGUAACAUCGGGUUGUCCAAAGCUGCCCAGACGCAUCGACUCAGGAAGCUUCGGACUCCCGCCAAGUGUCGUGAAUGUGACAGCUACGUUUACUUCCAGGGGGCCGAGUGUGAGGAGUGUUUCCUGUCGUGCCACAAACGCUGUCUGGAGACUCUGGCCAUCCAGUGUGGUCACAAGAAGCUCCAGGGCCGCUUGCAACUGUUCGGCAGGGACUUCUCUCAGGUUGCCAGCUGUGCCAGUGACGGCAUCCCCUUCAUCAUCACAAAGUGCAUCUCUGAGAUUGAGAGACGUGCUCUUAAGAUGAAGGGAAUCUACCGGGUGAAUGGGGUGAAGACCCGCGUGGAGAAACUGUGUCAGGCCUUUGAGAACGGGAAGGAACUGGUGGAGCUGUCUCAGUGCUCCCCACAUGAUAUCAGCAACGUCCUCAAGCUUUACCUGAGACAGCUGCCGGAGCCCAUCAUGCCGUUCCGUCUGUACAACAGACUCAUGGGUUUGGCUAAGGAGAGCCUGCAGGGUGAGGCAGACACUGCAGAGGGGGAGGAGGGAGGUACUGGCCCAGCUGUGGGCAGAGGUCCUGAGCUGGUGGAUUUAGGCCCAGACACCGAGCCAGAAGUGCUGGUCUUAGUGGACAGCCUGAAGGAGCUUCUGAAGGAGAUCCCCAAGGCUAACUUUGCUACGCUGCGCUACAUCACUCGCCAUCUUCGAAGGAUUGCUGAACUGGAGGAAGACAACAAGAUGAGUCCCAGUAACUUGGGGAUCGUGUUUGGGCCCUCCUUGAUGCGGCCCCGUCCAACUGGAGCCACGAUAUCCCUGUCCUCUCUGGUAGACUACCCCCACCAGGCCAGGAUCGUCGAGGCCCUCGUUGUCUUCUACUCCUCAAUCUUCCAGGCCAAAACCUCUCAGUCCAAAUCCUCCCGCUCCACUCAGCAGGAGAGUGUCACACAUGAGAAGGCGGAGAGCACCGGUGAUGGAGAAGAUGUGAGCAAAGAGGAGAACAAACCAGACUCUGACAAGCUGGAGGAGGGAUGUGGAAGUUCGCUGGGAUCACUGGGCUCCAGCGAGCAGCUCGUUGACUCUGACUCGGAUGAGAGUUGCCAGAGACCCUGCAGCCUGAUGAAGCAGGAGAGUGAGGUGAGCAUGGACGAAGACCAGCUGAGCUACAGGGACAGCUUGGACUUGUCCAGUCACUCCGCCCUCCACACCGACCAGGAGCAGGACACCGAACUGGACACCCCAGAGGUGCCGGACAGCAGAUCACCAGAAGAUGACGCAGCUGCGGAGCAGGAUGUGACAUCAUCACUGGCAGAGCUCAACGUGAACCAGUCCAACAACAACCAAGCCUCUACUCCCGUACUGGGCCUGUCGGGGCUUCCACUGACCCAACUGAGCAGCAAGAAUCUGCCCCUGACGAGGAAGCGAGACACAGAGCCUGAAUUUGUCUGAACAAGGUUUUAUACGUUUCAAAAUGUCUACUUUGUGUGUCAAGUUUUUAAUCUGACUGUGAUCUGUCUCUCCUGCCAGUGAAUUUUCUGCAUGCUUACUGCUCUGAUGGAAAUAACCUUAAAUGUUUUACUGCAAUGAACAAAACUUUCUUUUUAGUAGAUUUUAAUUCAUUUUUUUUUCUUUUUAAUGAAAACGUUUAAGGAAAAAUGGUUUCAUCAAGAGAACGGUCCAAACAGAUGCGUACGAGCGGCUGAAGAUAUUUCAGCUCUGAAAUUUAAAGUGAAGCAUUUUCUUAGAAAUGGCUCCUGUUUGUUCUUAUGGAUGUUUGAACUAUUUUAAUAAAUUCAUUUAAUUCAGAA